AUGCCAACACCGGUGGAAUUCUUCUCCUACUGCAUUAACUUUCAGACAGUACUGGCCGGUCCUCCAUUGGCGUUCAGGGAUUACAAGACGUACAUAGAGGGCACAGAGGCGGAGGACAGGCAUCUCACAGUCAAGCAGCGCACCAAUUUUAUGAGGAAUCGUGAUAUCCUCCUUCAGCCCAAGAAUGAGAUCGUGAAGUACUUCCUACAAGCAGUGACGUUUCUCAUAAUCUACCUCUGCAUCUGCCAAUUUUUCCGACCAUCCUUCUAUCUGAGUGAGGCGUUUAGGGGGUAUGAAUUUUUCCACAAAUGUUUCUACCUCAUGUUCACGGGUUUCACCAUGCGUCAGCACUACUACUUCGCGUGGUCCGUUUGUGCGCUCAUCUGCCUGGCGUCGGGUUUUGGCUUCCGUGGAUUUGAUGCGGAUGGCAAACCGGAUUACACGUUGGUAAAAAGCUUCAACUUCAUGGAGGCAGAGUUUCCACGAAGCGUGAAAGAGCUGACGGAUAAUUGGAACCUGCAGACGCUGCGGUGGCUGCGGAUCACCAUAUUCGAUCGAACACCACGCAACAUUGCAGUUUUUGCCGUGUUCUUUGUAUCCGUGCUAUGGCACGGCUUCUAUCCUGGAUACUACCUCUUCUUUGUGUCGAUGGCGUGGUUUUCCGUGCCUAAGGAGAGAGUGAAGGGUGGAGAAUAUCUUAUUGGUCGGAUGGUGAGGCGGCGCCUACGUCCGCGCAUCCUCGAGUGGCUACCCGAUACGAAGUGUGUGUGGACACCGGCAGGUCAACGCGAGGGCACGUCGCGCGCCUACGACCUCAUUACACGUACAGUGACUUACUUUCUGGUCAAUUACACGGCACUCGCCUUUGUCAUCCUCUCCUUCCGCGACAGUAUCAUCGCAUGGUCGCCACUUGCUUUGCCUGGUGGCUCACCUACUAAUGCUGCUUCUGCUGCCACCCUCGAAGUCGACACUGUCGACAUCCAAGUCCAACAAAAGUGCUGUGAAGUGCAUCCAUCCGAGUCGUCGACUGCAAGAUGA